AUGGGAAGUGCUUCGGCCAACGUCCGUGAGAUCUGCCGCGCACAGCGUGCCGACGGCCCUGCAGCCGUGCUCGCCAUCGGCACGGCCAACCCGGCCAACUGCGUGCUCCAGGACGAGUUCCCGGACUUCUACUUCCGCGCCACCAAGAGCGACCACCUCACUGGCCUCAAGGAAAAGUUCAAGAGAGUUUGCCAGAAGCUGGGCGUGCAGAAGCGCUACCUGCACCACACCGAGGAGCUGCUGAGCGCGCACCCGGAGUUCCUCGACGACUCCUCGCCGUCCCUCGACGCGCGGCUGGACAUCGCCUGCAGGAAGGCCAUCGCCGAGUGGGGCCGCCCGGCCGCCGACAUCACGCACCUCGUCGUCACCACCAACUCCGGCGCGCACAUCCCGGGCGUCGACUUCCGGCUGGUCCCGCUGCUGGGCCUCCGCCCGACCGUGCGCCGCACCAUGCUCUACCUCAACGGCUGCUUCGCGGGCGCCGCCGCGCUGCGCCUCGCCAGGGACCUGGCCGAGAACAACCGCGGCGCGCGCGUGCUCGUCGUCUGCGCCGAGGUCACCGUCCUGCUCUUCAACGGGCCCGAGGAGGGGUGCUUCCAGACGCUCGUCAACCAGGGCCUGUUCGGCGACGGCAAGGGGGCCGUCAUCGUCGGCGCCGACCCAGUGGCGGUCCCGGCACCGGCCGAGCGCCCGCUGUUCGAGAUCGUGUCCGCCGCGCAGCGGCGCAGGCCAUCAUACCGGAGUCCGAGGGCGUCAUCACCAUGCACCUCACCAGGGGCGGAUACGGCGGCAACAUCUCCACUAGGCAGUGACCAGGUCGACGCCGUGCUCAAGCUCAAGCCUGAGAAGCUGGCGGCGAGCAGACGUGUCCUGAGCGAGUACGGGAACAUGUUCGGCGUCACGGUGAUCUUCGUGCUCGACGAGCUGCGCCGCCGGAUGGAGAAUGGAGAAGAGGAGGGGACGCCAGAGUGGGGGGUCAUGGUGGCGUUUGGACCCGGGCUCACCGUUGAGACUAUGGUGCUCCACCGAUCAGGCACCCCAGCCGAGAAGAAGCUGGCUGAGGCAUGA